GUUAUUGUUUUGUUUAUAUGUAUGCGUAGUUGUCCUUUUAUUGUUAUGUGAUUUGUUUGAACCUUUUUACUUCCCAAAAAAACGCGAAUUCAUAGGCAUAUCAUGCGCUUCAGUCAAAUAUUACGUUUCCAUUUACCUAGCAAUAAAUGGUCCGCGAAACAACAGUAUGUGCCUAAACAUAAUCCGGUGCUCGAGGAGGAUAUCAAACGACUACAGGAUUUCCUGAUGUCGAAGUCCAAUAUAGUUGUGUUAACUGGCGCUGGAAUUUCAACAGAGUCUGGCAUACCUGACUACCGCUCUGAGGGUGUCGGCCUUUACGCACGCACUAAUCACAAACCCAUACAACACAUGGAAUUUGUACGCUCUGCCGAGGUGCGUCAGCGUUAUUGGGCACGAAAUUUUGUCGGUUGGCCAAGCUUUUCGGCAACAGAGCCCAAUCAUACACAUCAUGCGGUGGCACGUUUCGAACGCGAAGGACGCAUACAAUCGGUUGUUACCCAGAAUGUCGACCGGUUGCACACGAAGGCAGGCAGCAAGAAUGUUAUAGAAUUACAUGGUAGUGGUUAUGUGGUAAAAUGUUUAUCCUGCGAAUAUCGCAUUGAUCGGCAUAAAUUCCAGGAUAUAUUAAACAGUUUAAAUCCGGAAUUUCGUGAUGCACCAGAUAUGAUACGGCCAGAUGGUGAUGUGGAAAUUCCCGUCGAGUAUGUUGCUAACUUUCGCAUACCACCAUGUCCGCAGUGCAGCGGACAGCUAAAGCCUGAGAUUGUGUUCUUUGGAGAUAAUGUGCCAAAGCAACGUGUGGAGCAGAUCGCCGAAAUGAUUUACAAUGGCGAUGGGUUGUUAGUGCUCGGUUCUAGUCUGCUUGUAUUUUCAGGUUAUCGCAUGGUAUUGCAAACAAAAGACCUUAACCUGCCAGUUGCAAUUGUAAAUAUCGGCGAGACUCGCGCUGAUCAUUUGGCGGACUUAAAGCUGUCUGCUAAAUGUGGUGAUGUGAUACCAAAGUUAUUUAACUUUAAGAACUAAAUUGUAAUUAUUAUACUGUAAAAAUAUGUAUGUUAUAUAAGACAAGUGCAUUAUAUAAUAAAUAUAUCUUUUUGUCGAAAUUUAUGUAGCUUCUUUAUUAAAAUAUCAAUAUUACGUUUCUCACAUAAUUAAAAAACGCCAGAAAUUAAAGCCGUUCAACUUAUA